AUGGCAAAAUAUGAAGACACCGUGACAUUUUAUCGUUCCAAGUCUCCAGCUUCACAUCGGGCCAUUGUUUUCAUUCAUGGAGGCGCUUGGAUCGACCCUUCCAAUACGCCUCACGACUUCGACAAACUAGCUCAGCUUUUGAUCACCACAUCUAGUCAUUCUCAGCCGGCAUAUUCAAUCUACGGCAUUGAAUACAGGCUAUCACCGGAGGUAAAGCAUCCUACUCAUCUGUUGGAUGUGAUUCAGAACUUAGCGCAGUUGGUACAAGAAGAACAAAUCGAUGAGCUGAACUUGUGGGGUCAUUCCGUUGGUGCAACAUUGAUAUGGCAAUUACUGACAUUUAAAUCGAGCUUCCACUCUUCCUUAAACUUGAUUCGAUCAAAAAUGAACCGGUGCUACUUGGCCGAUGGUAUCUUCUCGCUUUCGGAUUUACUGCAAGAAUACCCAACAUACGAUUACUUCGUGUCACAAGCCUAUGAUAAAAUUGAUGAUUACGAAGACCCAACGGACUCCACGCUUUACAUUCCGGUAAGCACUCAAAUUCACAUAAUUCACUCCUACUCUGAUGAGCUGCUUUCACUUCGUCAAAGCAAUUACCUCUGUCAAGUACUACAGGAUCGUCAACAGCGCUUUUCCACUUACUGGGAUGAUCUAGGAAAACACAACGAUGUGUUCGAACAUGCAAAAGUGGCAGAGUAUAUUAUUUACACUAUGAUGUAUUGA